UCAUAUUGCUUUAGGGCCAUUUCAUUGGUAGCUUAGAGCUGCUCCACCAUCGCACCGCCUCCAGAUGAUCACACCGUCACAAUGUUCUUGCUGACAGGGCACGAUUUAAUGCAUCCGCCUCGCCGACGACUUGGCCUUCGGUGAUUCCUAGGAACCGAUUGUACCUACAUAAACUGGCCCUCCAUGGGGAACUUGGUGCCCCAUUUACAUUGUUGUAGCAGCUCCAUACUUCAAACAUUUAGCGAUGCGCCUCGAAUACAUCUAUCCUUCCGCAUUACUGGCGCCUCUGGCCCUCGGCUGCGGACCGCAUCCAGAUCACGCCGCUUCUCUAGACAUACCUAAUCUGAUCACGGCCAACAACCUCGCACGCCUCAAUGGCACUACACUCCACAAGAAGAUCGCACUAAACAACGUCCGGGUCUUUGAUGGCACAUGCAUACUCCCCCCUUCGACCAUCGUCAUCGAUGGCCCUUUCAUCGGCACUGAUGCAACUGGUGCUGAGCAUGUCGACGGCAAGGGAGGCGUGCUUUUGCCGGGCCUCAUCGACGCUCACUGCCACCCUACGAACAUCACACAUAUGCAGGAGCUCGCCAAAUGGGGCGUCACAAGCGCAUUCGUGAUGGCGUGCUUCUCACAGGAGCUCUGCUCCUCGCUCAGCAACCACACCGGUCUUCCCUCUGUCUUGCGGUCCAGCGUCCCAGCCUCUGCGCCAGGAAGUGCUCACGGCAACAUCAGCAUCGCUGCCACGCGCGACCCUUCGAUCCUGAUUAACGGCACUGGCGCUGUGCCCGGCUGGAUAAACCGUCAGCUCGCGGGUCAGGACCUAGACUACUUCAAGCUCGUUGCCGAAGCGCCUGGCCUCGAUCAAGCGACCCUCAACCUGCUCGUCAGCGAAGCACAUCAUCAUGGCAAGCAAAGCGUUACCCACGCCGCCACGUUCGAGGCCUACACCCAGGCCACACUGUCGCGAACAGACCACGUCCACCACGCGCCGCUCGACACGGUGAUCCCUCUCGCUCUUGCACACAAGAUGCUGCAGCAAGGCCAAAUGUCCACUCCGACGCUUACCAUGAUGCGCGCCAUCGCUCUCGCUGGCACGAGCACAGCUGGUGCCAAUUUCACCGCCGCGCUUGCGACGACCUCGCUGCUCCACAAAUCCGGCGUCACUAUGCUCGCCGGCACGGAUGCAAAUUUGCAGCCGGGCGUUCCCGCAAUGGUUCCUUUUGGAAGCUCCCUGCACGACGAGCUGCAGAAUCUCGUCGACGCAGGCAUGUCGCCCCUCGAGGCACUACUUGCUGCGACCGUGAAGCCCGCGCGCGCGUUUGGCCUGUGGGAUAGAGGCACAAUUCAGGCGGGUAUGCGGGCGGAUCUGGUGCUCGUGGGAGGUGAUCCGUUGGCGGACAUUGGGAACACGAGAGAUAUCAAGCGCGUGUGGAUUGGAGGUGUAGAAGUAGGGAGGGGCCAGUGAUUGAGUUGUGUGAUGGAAUUGUGUGAGGAUCGUCCUCAGGGGUAAUAGAUAUGAAGCGCGCGUUAGCUGCAGGAGAUGUAGCAAUGGAAGUAAGGCAUGGAUGCCACGUCGAUUCUGUACUUUCUUCAUCGUGGUGGAAGUAAAUUGAUGAGGCGAAUAGCACUUCAAGGUGUGCUUUGCAUUGCUUCACGCACUAUGGC